GGGCGGAACACGACGUGGCAAGUAAACAGUUCACUUCCUGUAUUUAGUCUGUAUUGACAUCAGUUUCACAUACUCAUAUCUUACGUCUGUCAUAACCAGACUUCCCCGGAAUUUGCAGUAGCUUCGAGUCCAUCACUCAGGCCAGUGUUAGUGUGAGGUGAGCAGGCUGUUAUCUUACAUGAGGAGCGGACUGUAGGAGCUCAGCAGCCGGACAGGAGAGAUGACUGCUGAGGUGCUGAUAGUGUUUCUGGGGGGGCUGCUGGAGGUCUGCAGCGGCGUCUCAGCAAACAGAGGGGGGUAUCCCUCCUUUACAGAUGAAAUCCCUUUCAAAAUCACCUGGCCAGGCGCUGAAUUCACGCUGCCGACUUCAGGUGUACUUUACAAGGAAGAUGACUUUGUCAUCAUGACAACAACAGAAAAGGAGAAGUAUAAAUGUCUCCUGCCUUCCCUGACAUCUGGAGAUGAGGAUGAUGAUAAGGAGUACAGUGGGCUCAGUCCGGGCGAACUGCUGGAGCCACUGUUCAAACGAAGCAGCUGCUCCUACAGGAUUGAGUCAUACUGGACAUAUGAAGUAUGCCAUGGAAAGCAUAUAAGACAGUAUCAUGAAGAGAAGGAGACUGGUCAGAAAAUUAGUGUUCAAGAGUACUUCCUGGGGAAUAUGGCACAGAAGAGUCAGUCGACAGAGACAGAUAAAGUUGAAGAGGUAGAAAAUGUCAAAUCAGCAGCUGAAACAGAAGUGCCCACUAAGAAUAUAGAAGGUCAGCUGACUCCCUACUUCUCGUUGGAGAUGGGGAAUGGGACUCCUUGUGUGCUGAAACAGAACCAGGCUCGCUCCACAUCUGUGCUGUACGUCUGUCAUCCAGAGGCCAAGCAUGAGAUCUUGUCCAUCGCUGAGGUCACUACCUGUGAAUAUGAGGUGGUGGUGUUGACACCGCUGCUAUGUGCACACCCAAAAUACAGGUUCAAGUCCUCCCCGGUGAAUGCCAUCUUCUGCCAGGCUCUGGCAGGCUCCCCUCUGCGGCCUCAGCAGCUCGCCCAGUUGGACAAAGAACGAGAGGAGCAGCUUAAACCGCCUUUCAGCUCCACCUCCGAGCCCAGAGAGGAGGAGGCACCACCACCAGUGAGAGAGGAAGCCUUCACCUCCACCCACAAACCCAUGACUGUUGGAGGGCAGUCUCAGGUCACUGUCGGCACCACUCACAUCUCUCGUUUGACAGAUGACCAGCUAAUCAAGGAGUUCCUCAGUGGCUCGUACUGUCUGCAUGGGGGGGUAGGGUGGUGGAAAUAUGAAUUCUGUUACGGAAAACAUGUCCAUCAGUACCAUGAGGAAAAAGAGCAGGGAAAGAACAUUGUGGUGGUCGGGAGCUGGAACGGCGAGGAGCAUAUUGAUUGGGCCAAGAAGAACGUUGCCCGAUCCUACCAGCUCAAAGACGAUGGAGUGCAGAAAGUCAAGUUGGUUUCCCACUUUUAUGGCCACGGGGAUGUGUGUGAUCUGACAGGGAAGCCCAGACAGGUCAUUGUCAAGCUCAAAUGUAAGGAGUCUGAGUCUCCGCAUGCUGUCACUGUCUAUAUGCUGGAGCCUCAGACUUGUCAGUACAUCCUUGGGGUCGAGUCUCCGGUUAUAUGCAGGAUUCUUGACACUGCUGAUGAAUAUGGACUUCUGUCAGUCUCCAGCUAAACUGACAAAGAUCACAUGACAGCAACAGCGCGUGAAGGACAAGGAGAGGACAGACAGAGAGAGGUGUACUAGAAGAGAGAGGACACAUCAUAAGAGGAAGAGAAAUUUCCAUGACACUGUGCUAAAAGCCAAAAUCGAGGUUAAACUGAGGUUAAACUUGAUCCUGAGGCUGGACUUCAUGUGGCCUAGGAGCACAGCCCCAGCCCCAGCCCAUGCCCUGACCUGUGCAAUGGGCAAUGCUACAUCACAGCGUAAUUCAGCAGGCUAGCUCAGACUUUGUGAAAACACAGUAAAAUGUGACCGACGCCUCACUCCACAAGGCAGUGGGUUUAUUGCCUGUACUUCAUAUCUAUGCUUCACUUUGUGUUGGUUAAUUAUAAGCAAAGGAGUAAUGAAUCAGGGGAUUUGUUAUCAUCAGGGGAAUCAACAAUAUUCAUGGUGGUUUUAUUGUCUUUAAGGUCUGUGUGUGUGCGUGCGUGCAAUAUGAAAUAUAAACUGCUUGACUGUGGCACUUGUAGAUGGGGGGGGAUAAAAAUGUUUUGCAGCAGUGAGAAUGUGUGUGGUGUUAAUUUACAGGAUGAGUGAGUGUAACUUAUGCAUUAGAGGGUGCUGUGGACUAGCAACAAAAGUGUGAAUGUUUGAGUUUGUGGGAUGUACAGAAUGUCUGUGGUUUUAUGAAGAUGCACACUGGGAUCCUGAUCACUGCUGUAUAACAGGGAUAAAAAAAAAACCAAUGCAUUUGCAGCAAAGAAUAAAACUAAAACAUGAAACCUCA